GACUGAUAUUUCUCUUUCCUCUCUGACCUUUUCCUUACACUGCAUCCUUCUUAGUCGCAGCCAUACGGCACCUUUCCCACUGAAUCGAUCUCGUUUCCAUUUUCCAAAACACACUCAUUCUCACUUUCUCUCUCCAAAUUGAAAACCUUCGAACAAAGUCACAGCGCGAUAUCUUCCCUGGCACUUCUUCCGAUUCCUCUCUCUCUAUCUUCCUCUCUUUUUAUCCUCAUAGAAAUGUUACAAAACCAUUGGCCGAAUGGUUUUAACGCUCGUGUCUUGUUCAUCCGGACAAUGCAAACCCUAAGCUCUUAACAGAUUCUGACAAAGCCGGAAAUGAGAUUAAGGCUUGGAGCAAUGGCCACUUGGCCUCGAGAUCUGCUCGUGGUGAUCUUGUUCGGCCUCUACAUAAGUGUUUGUUCUUCGCCGGAGGAUUAUAGGAGAGCGUUUCCCAUUAUAGAACCUGAUUCUGGUCAUACCAAACUUCGGAUUGCAAGAGAGGGUUUGGAGGCAAUAGAAAGGAUAACAAACCCAAUUGCUGCUGUUGCUGUGAUUGGUCCGUACCGCUCGGGCAAGUCUUUUCUUCUCAAUCAGCUUCUCUCACUUUCUUGCAACGAAGGAUUUGGUGUUGGUCAUAUGCGGGAUACCAAAACAAAAGGAAUAUGGAUAUGGGGUGUUCCAAUAGAGUUGGAAAUUGAUGGGGUUAAAACAUCUGUGUUUUAUCUUGAUACAGAAGGAUUUGAAAGUGUUGGUAAAUCCAAUGUAUAUGAUGACAGGAUUUUUUCCCUAGCAACCGUUAUGAGUUCAGUGCUGAUCUAUAACCUCCCUGAGACGAUCCGUGAAGCAGACAUAUCUCGAUUGUCAUUUGCUGUGGAACUUGCUGAAGAAUUCUAUGGAAGAGUGAAGGGGCAAGAUGUAGCAUUCGAGCCUGCCAAGCUUUUGUGGUUGAUUCAGCGUGAUUUUCUGGAGGGGAAGUCUGUACAGGAGAUGGUCAAUGAAGCUCUUCGACUGGUUCCCAAUCACAGUGGUGACAAAAAUAUCAAUCAGGUUAACCAGAUUCGCGAAUCUUUGGCAAUCAUGGGUGAUAACAGUACAGCCUUCAGCUUACCUCAGCCUCAUCUUCUACGUACCAAGCUUUGUGAUAUGGAAGAUGCAGAUCUUGAACCUAUGUAUGUAAAGAAAAGGGAACAGUUGAAAGCAUUGGUGACCUCCAUCAUCCGACCAAAAAUUGUCCAGGGGAAACAUCUAAACGGGAAGGAGUUUAUAUCAUUUCUGGAGCAGAUUCUUGAGGCCUUAAACAAAGGCGAGAUUCCAUCAACAGGUUCUCUUGUGGAGGUUUUCAAUAAGGGGAUUCUUGAGCGCUGUUUAGCAUUGUACAGUGAGAUGAUGUCUCAUGUGGGUUUACCACUAUCAGAGCAAAUGCUGCAUCACACACAUGAUCAGUCAAGAAAGAAGGUUAUGGAAGUAUUUGAACAGCAGCAUUUUGGUCGUCAUCAUGCCCAAAGAUCAGUUGUAAAAUUGGACGAUGAAAUACAAAAGGUAUAUAAAAAUUUGCUUUUGGCAAAUGAAUAUCAAUCUUCAAAGCUGUGUGAGGCAUUAUAUACAAAAUGUGAGGAUAAAAUGGACCAGCUCCAAGUCUUGAGGCUUCCCUCCAUGGCAAAAUUUGAUGCAGGCUUUCUUCAAUGCAAUCAAAGCUUUGAGCAUGAAUGUGUAGGCCCUGCAAAAGUCAAUUAUGAGCAACGGAUGGUUAAGAUGCUAUCAAAAGCUCGAUCCCUGUUCAUAAAGGAGUACAAUCACAGGCUUUUCAACUGGCUUGUGGCUUUUUCCCUUGUCAUGGUUGUGGUUGGCCGUUUCAUCGUUAAAUUUAUAUUGUUAGAAGUUGGAGCCUGGAUAUUGUUUAUCUUCUUGGAAACGUAUACACGCAUGUUUUGGUCAGCAGAGUCACUUUACUACAAUACCACAUGGCACUUUGUGGUGGCAACUUGGGAGACUAUUGUUUAUAGCCCAAUCCUCGAUUUGGACAGAUGGGCCAUUCAGAUCGGUGUAUUGCUAGUUGUAGUGCUUCUCUAUUGGCGGUGUUAUGGAAAGAGGAAACACAAGGGGCAUUCUCUUUUGCCUUUGUAUGAUAUACGUAGGGGUUACAAUCAUCGUGACCGAAGAUCUGAUUAAUCUUAUAAUCUGGAUAUUUAUGCAAGCCAUAAUUUUUGAAUUGGCAUCCUCUCUUGGACUAAUUGAGAAAUUCUUGAAGCAGCACAGGAACAGAUCUGAGCAUGGACGGCUGGUUGGUGCAUGGCGUUUCGGCAUCCCUUACUGGCUUUCUUGGUGCCAUUUUCUUUGUUUUUCUUUUCUCUCUCUUUUGAAAUUCGUUUCCUCCUUUUGAUCUUAUUUCCUGUAUAAUUUUUAUAAUUGAGUUUAGGCUAUGGCGGGCCUGUGUAGUUUCUAUUAUAUUCUUGGGGUAAUUGAAAUUUGAGAGAGAAUUUAUUCGUUUAAAGUGUCAGUUGUAACAGGGUGCGGUGCGUUGAAGAAAGAGAUAACUAAGUAGAUGGAUGUGUGAAGUACAACAAAAAUUGUGGAAUUGAGAUUUUACUUGAUUUCACUUGGAGAUGGAGUACAUUAGUUUGUGGUU